GGCAGUAAGAAGAGCACCAUUCACACUGUAACUGGGAACACCUUCACACUGUGCCCAGCUUCUGGGAGAAUAAUCAAGGAGCAGCCAUGGAGAAGAGUUACAUAUCCCUGUUCCUGCUUCUUGUUGCCCUCUCCUGUGCUCUGGCAAAGGAUGUGGGCAAGAAGGACACAAAGGAGAGUGCUGCUAAGCCCAAACUGCCUCAGACACUCUCCAGAGGCUGGGGGGACCAGCUGAUCUGGACGCAGACGUACGAGGAGGCGCUGUUCCGCGCCAGGCACAGCAACAAGCCCAUCAUGAUCAUCCACCACUUGGAAGACUGCCCGCACAGCCAAGCCCUCAAAAAGGUCUUUGCUGAACAUAAAGAUAUACAGAAAUUGGCUGAAAAAUUCAUUCUUCUGAACCUUGUGUAUGAAACCACAGACAAGAAUCUUUCACCUGAUGGCCAGUAUGUCCCUCGGAUUUUGUUCAUAGAUCCUUCCCUGACUGUGAGAGCAGACAUUACUGGAAGAUACUCAAACCGUCUCUAUGCAUAUGAGCCCUCUGACAUUUCAUUGUUGUACUCAAAUAUGCAGAAAGCGCUGAAGCUCCUGAAGACUGAACUGUAAGGGGAAGACGGAAGCCCUUAUAUACUAUGAAGUCUGAUCUUCCAUCUCUUCUCCACUCAUUGGAACUGGUGAAGAGACUAUUUAGAGUGAUACUUAGUGAUACGUAGUGGUGGUUUAUAUACACAAACACUACAGUUUUAUGUUGGCACUUUUGUACUGGGCAGCAUUUUUAAAAGUGGAAGGCUUUUAAUUUAAGGCGUACAGAAGAAUAUGGUAUUAUCCAACUGUAAAAAUGAUUUUUUUAAAAAAUAAAUCCAUUUCAAGUGUUUACAUACAAAA